AUGGAGAAUCGACCAAAGCUGUAUGCUAUCACAGCAUUCGUAGCCGGUAUCCUUCUGACGCUCGGUUACAAAGAUUUCUACCCUGACCUUGAGUGGUGGUUUUGGAGACGGCGCAAGGCAAACAGGACGGUGGCAGGUGCUGGACUCCAAGACGGUGGUCAAAUUAACUUGGAAGAUCAUGAAAAGAACGGUCCGGCCACAAUGGAUGUGCCUGAAGGUAUAGAAGCUUGCAUCGGAAAUACUCCCUUGUUCAAGAUAAAGUCAUUGUCCAGCGAGACUGGGUGUGAUAUACUAGCCAAAGCAGAGUUUCUCAAUGGCGGUGGAGGCAGUCCGAAAGACAGAGUAGCCCUCGGCAUCAUCAAUCUGGCUGAGGAGCAGGGUCUCUUGACACCUCACUCAGGAGACACUAUCUACGAAGGCACUGUAGGAUCCACCGGAAUAUCCCUCGCUACAGUCUGCAGAGCAAGGGGCUAUCUGGCGUACAUCUGCAUGCCCUCAGACCAAGCAACCGAGAAAUCCUCCCUCCUUCUCAAACUCGGCGCGGUCGUCGAGCGUGUUCCGCCAGCUCCUAUCGUCGACCCUAUGCACUUCGUCAACCGCGCACGCACCCUCGCCGCCGAACACACCGCCGACCCUAAUCGCUUAGGUCGCGGCUACUUCACGGACCAAUUCGAGAACGAAGCUAAUUGGCAAGCUCACUAUGACGGUACAGGACCCGAAAUCUUCCGCCAGUGUGGAGGAAAUUUAGAUGCCUUUGUUGCUGGCGCAGGCACUGGUGGGACAAUUGCUGGUGUUGCGAGGUAUUUGAAGCCGAGAUUGCCGGAUGUGAAGAUUGUGCUUGCGGAUCCGCAGGGGAGUGGGCUGUACAAUCGCAUUAAGUAUGGAGUCAUGUUCGCAACGACGGAGAAGGAAGGGACGAGGAGACGAUCCCAGGUCGAUACAAUUGUGGAGGGUAUUGGGAUCAAUAGAGUCACGGCCAACUUUGAAGCUGGGAGGGAGUUGAUAGACGAUGCUGUCAAGGCGGAUGAUGAGCAAGCUCUAGCGAUGGCUAGAUGGCUUGUGGAGAAGGACGGGAUUUUUGUUGGAAGCAGCAGUGCCGUCAACUGCAUCGCUGCAGUAAAAACUGCACAACAGCUGGGUCCUGGACAUAGGAUCGUUACCAUUCUUUGCGACUCUGGAACGAGACAUAUCUCAAAAUUCUGGACAAGAGCAGGAACCAUUGGCGGCAAGACAGAAAGCAAGCUAGAAGACGUCAUUGGUACGCAGAGUCAAAAUUGA